CUACUCUCUGCCUCUCUCUCUACCCUGUCGCUUCUCUUUCUGGAACCAGAAGAAGAGCUCGUUCGCAAUCUCCACCGUCAGUCAAACUCACUCUCUCCCUCGCUGAAGUUCCUUCUCGCUCGCACGAUGAAGCAGCUCGCGCGGAGCGAAUGAUUCGCAGCUCGUCUCGCCUCUGGAAUUCGUGCUCCGAGCUUCGGAUUGUGGAUUGCCGUAUCCGUUUCUUCCAUGGGGGGUGCUGAUCUAGGUCCUCUUCCGCUGCUGCAUCGGGCCUCGGGAAUGGAGGUGGUGGUUCACUAGGGAAUCGGAGGAGACAGUAACUUCUAACGGACGUCAUGCAUGAGUUAUAUGGUCAAUCGAGCUAUCAGGCAUUUCUAGUUGCUGUUGAUUUUGAGUCCGGUUGAUGGGGGCUCUACCAGUGGACAAUGACGGUGGCAAUGAUAGGGCGUCCGUUGAACACAGCAUUCAUCACCAUGAGCAGAAUGGAGGAACCAAUGGAAUUCUGUAUGAGGAGCAAUGUCGGAAUUCAUCCGAGGAAGACAAUUCCAGGUCUAAUGAUGUAGUGGAAUAUGGUAACGGUUAUCCUAGUUUGGAUAUUCAGGCACAUGAUGGUUUUCGAAUAGAGCCACAACAGCCCCAAGGGCCACAACAGCCUCAUGGGCCUAUGGUACUAUGGGAGAGGUUCCUCCCCAUCAAGACAGUUAAGGUUCUUCUUGUCGAAAACGAUGAUUCAACACGGCAAGUUGUUAAUGCACUGUUACGGAAUUGUGGAUAUGAAGUUACUGCUGUUGCAAAUGGUAUUCAGGCGUGGAAGACCCUAGAAGAUCCAACAGAUCAGAUUGACCUUGUCUUGACAGAAGUAGUCAUGCCUUUGCUAUCGGGAAUAGGUCUUCUUAGCAAGAUUAUGGGCCACAAGACUUUGAAGAAUAUUCCAGUAAUAAUGAUGUCUUCUCAUGAUUCUAUGGGCAUAGUAUUUAAAUGUCUGUCAAAGGGUGCAGUUGACUUUUUGGUGAAACCUAUCCGAAAGAAUGAACUUAAGAACCUAUGGCAGCAUGUGUGGAGGAGAUGCCACAGUUCUAGCAGCAGUGGAAGUGAGAGUGGGACAAACACCAGAACGUUCAAGGAAUUGAGAAGCAAUGAUGACUCUGAGACCAAUAAUGGUAGCAGUGAAGAGCAGGAUAAUGGAAGUAACGGUUUGAGCAUGCGGAAUGGAAGUGAUGAUGGAAGUGGCACUCAGAGUUCAUGGACAAAUAAGACGGCCGAAGUUGACAGCCCUAAACCAGUAUCACCUUCGAAUGAAUGGGCAGAUGCUCCUGAUAGCACUUGCGCUCAGGUGGUUCAUACUGGGGCAGAAACACUCAAAAUGGACGAAGAAGAACCAGGCACUGCUGGAAUGGGCAAGGAUGGAAAAAGAGCCUCUAGAUGUCAAGAUUCUAAAUAUGGAUAUCAGCAUGAGAGAUGUCAAGAUUCUAAACCUGGAUAUCAACAUGAGAGAUGUCAAGAUUCUAAGCAUAAAUAUCAGCAUGAUAGAUCCAAGAAUGCAUCCUCCAUUAUAGAACCUAAACCAUUUGAUAAAGGACAAUUGGGGCUCGACCUUGACUUAGGUGGCAAAUCUAGAAAUAAAGAAGCCAAUUUGACAUGUGGAACAGCCAAUUGCCCAGAUGCACAGACUGAAAGUACAGUUUUUGACACCAGAGAUGGUAUUUCCAGAAUCUCACAUGCAAAAGCAAAAGCUGACUGUGAUUCUAAAGAACUUCCAUCACUUGAACUAACACUUAAAAGGCUGGAAGGAGUGGGCGAUUCUGGAAAAAGUGCCCUUGGUGAUCACAAAGUUUUGAGGCAUUCUGGCCUAUCAGCAUUCUCCAAGUUCAAUGCAACCUCUUCGGCGAAUCAGGGUCGGGCAGGGACUACUGGAAGCUGUUCUGCAUUUGAUAAUUGUUCAGUUGCAGUAAGAAUGGAGAGCGAUUUUCCUUCUCGUUCACUUGGUACUCCUCCAUAUCGUCAGUCUAACACGAGUAGCAGCAACAAUGAAUUUGUUUUGAGUAGUAAAACUCCUAUAAAGCCAGAAGUAGUAGUAUCAACUUUCAAAUCUUCGGAGUCUUCCGCCUUUCAACCAGUACAGCAUGGUUUUGUGUCUUCAUCUUGGCAAGAGCUGUCUGGAAGGGCAAAUGAUGCUUGUUCUAACACAAUCCAACCACCGUCAACCAGUCCACGUCAGCACAUUCAUAUCCGGUACCACCAUCACCACCACCACCACCACUAUCAUCAUCAUCUCGACAGCUUGCAGCAGCAGCAGCAGCAACAACAACAACCUGACCACAAGGAUCUUUCACUCAAGAACAUGGCAGGAGCAGCUCCACAAUGUGGAUCAUCAAAUGCAUUCCAAGAUCAUUUAGAAGGUAAUACUGGGAACUACAGUGUAAGUGGGAGCAUCUCUGGGAGCAACGGGAAUACUGGAAGUAAAAGUGUGCCAAAUGGUGGAGAGAGUGAUAAGGUAAAGGAUGAUGGAGUUGCUGGACAUACUGGAGAUGGUGGUGUUACUGAGAAUGUUAAUGGUGGUGGACCAGAUGAAGAGCGAAUUGCACUGAGGGAGGCAGCCUUGUCCAAAUUUCGACAGAAGAGGAAGGAAAGAUGCUUUGAGAAGAGGGUUCGUUACGAAAGCAGAAAAAAGCUAGCAGAGCAGCGACCUCGGGUGCGAGGACAGUUUGUUCGGCAGAUAACGUCUGACAGCAAAGCGGGCGAUGACUGCCAGAGCAACGACUCGAUCUCGAAGGACAAUUCUUGCGACAGUGUUCUAUGACAGAAGGAGGAAUGCAUGUGGAUGGUCGAUCAUUGUUGUUCAGAGUGCGAAGGCAUGUAUGAAUAUGAACCUUUACACUGGCCUUGUCUUUUACCAAAAGAUGUUUUAGUCUUGUUUUGGAAAUCAAGGUUUGUUAUGAAAACUCAAAGAAGCAACUGAACUUCAUACAUUUCUUGUAUCUGGGAAAGGAGAUUACGAACAGAUAAGACUUGUGGAUUCAAAAUAA